CUGCUGAGUUGAAGCGCACCAGUACGCAGCAGCGACUGCACCGCUGAAACUUGGAUGACAGGGGUUUUUUGGAGCCGUCGAUGAGCGCGUUUGAAGCGGUGCCUUUCUGGUGAAGAUAAGGGGAUCGAGCUCUACCUGUGGUCCCCACCUUCCGCCAGUCGGAUCAAUAUGAAAGUCCUGAUUUGUGUGAUCGCGUUGACCUUCGCGGCGAGGUCUGCACUCGGAGGUGGCAAGUUUGAUGAGCCAUGUGACGGCUUGGACUGCAGCAGAGGGUGCAGGUGCUUUCCAGAGAAAGGAAGCAGGGGUCGUCCAGGAACUCUCGGUGAAGUUGGACCGUCUGGACAGGACGGGCCACGUGGGGUCCUUGGGCCUUCUGGGCCAAAAGGAGAGAAGGGCCACCUUGGGCUGAAAGGACCGUCGGGUCCAAAGGGAGACAAAGGACCAAUGGGAGUGCCUGGGUUCCAAGGAAGUGAUGGUGUGCCUGGUCACCCUGGUCAGCCGGGCAGCAGAGGACCACCGGGACUGGACGGCUGUAACGGGACCAGAGGAGAUCCUGGAGAUCCCGGCUUUGGGAGGGGAUACCCUGGCACCAGUGGAUUUCCUGGGCUGAGUGGGCCCAAGGGUCAGAAAGGAGAGCCUGUAUUCAUCUCGGAGAAUGCUGCCAUACAGGGUCCCUCGGGUGACCCAGGACCCCCUGGCCCACCUGGUUUACAAGGUCUUUAUGGUCCAGUCGGUUUUCCUGGUCCCGAAGGACCUGAAGGAUACCCAGGCCCACCAGGUCCUCCCGGUCCCCCAGGGCCAAUGGGGAGCCGUAGUGACGCAUCUCAAGGAGAGAAAGGAGACAAGGGUGACGUGGGUCUUCCCGGACCCAGGGGUAGUCCCGGCGACACGUCGCUAAGCGGCCCAAAAACACUCACUAUCUACAAAGGAGAUAAGGGUGACCCCGGUCCAAAGGGAACUAAAGGAUACCCUGGAAUACCCGGCCUACCUCGACCCUUUGGCUAUCCUGGAGAAUAUGGAGAAAAGGGCAUUCCUGGAUACCCCGGGAGCAGAGGGGCUCCAGGGUUUAACGGACCGCCCGGUGUUCCAGGACUGCAGGGACCCAAAGGACGUCCAGGCACCCCAGGCUCAUCGGCAUACCCAGGAUUCAAGGGAGACCAGGGAGACCCCGGACCCCCAGGACCUAGCUCUUUUGUUAAUGGGGGUUAUGCUAUUCAAGGACCUCCAGGGGACUCGGGUUUACGUGGCUUUCCAGGACCCCAGGGUGACCAGGGGCCUCAAGGCUUUCCAGGACCUCCCGGCCAACCAGGACCUGAUCGUUUUGGUCCAGGUCUUCGAGGUCCUCCUGGGCCCAAAGGUGUAAAAGGAGAAGUGGGUGACCCCGGCUUACGGCCCACUGGUUUUGAAGGUUUCCCAGGACUCCCUGGGCCCCCAGGACCCAGUGGCCUUCCUGGACCUCAAGGCCCUCCAGGCACAAACGCUGAGCCCUGCUACAUCUAUCCUGAUACAGGUGACUCUGAAGGUCUACCAACUGCUCCCCCUGGAGGCCCCGGGCCGCCUGGUCCCACAGGAUUUCCAGGAAACAUUGGUGCCAAAGGGUUUAGAGGCGACCCUGGUGACUGCAGAUGUUCUGGAGGAGACUUCUCGGGGUUAGAUGGACCACCUGGACGUCCAGGAACCAAUGGCAGUCCUGGCCUGCCUGGGGUGAAGGGUUUUCUUGGAGACCCCGGUUCACUAGGCUUCAGUGAUCGUCCAGGACCUAGUGGUCCUCCUGGUCAGCGGGGCUUCCCCGGGCGUAAGGGAGAGAAGGGGGCUCCAUAUUACCCCACCCUAAAUCUGGGGUUGAAGGGAGCCAUAGGAGAUCCUGGACCCAGAGGACCUACAGGUGAAACAGGAAAUCCUGGAAGAGACGGGCUGCCUGGCUUCCCUGGAUUUCCUGGACCCCCAGGUGAUGCAGGCAUCGGCUCAAGGGGAGAAAAAGGAUUUCAAGGGUUUCCAGGUUCUAAGGGACGUCCUGGAGGCCCUGGUGAGCCGGGCAUUGGCUAUGAUGGAGCACCCGGCUUGCGUGGAGACCCUGGAGAACCCGGUAUACCUGGUUCUCCAGGUAUACCGGGUUCACCUGGAGAGAAAGGACAAACUCUGCCUUGCGUAUUUACGGGUGAGGCAGGAGACCCAGGCGAUUCCGGUUUCCUUGGACAACCAGGUCUUAAAGGUAAACCAGGGCUGCAAGGGCCCUCUGGACGUCCAGGGUUUGAUGGCCCCAAAGGAGAAAGAGGAGACCCCGGCACCGGAGGCGUGCGUGGACCUGAAGGUUUCACUGGACCCAGAGGGGACCCUGGUAUUCCAGGUAUCCCAGGGCAGAGUUUUGAUGGGCCCAGGGGUAAGGACGGUCUCCGAGGCCGUCCUGGAGCCAAGGGCCAGCCUGGAGAGGUGCUAGGAGCUACACCUGGAUUUCCUGGUCAGAACGGUUUACCAGGAAUUCCUGGAGACAAGGGCCAGCCGGGAACACCUGGAGGACCCGGAAUGCCUGGGUUUGAUGGACGUCCUGGUGCUCCUGGUCGAAAAGGAGAACGCGGAGUUAACGGUUUUCCUGGUAAUCCUGGCCUUCCUGGGCUUCCAGGUGACCCAGAUGGUCGCAUUCCUGGUCCACCUGGCCCUGAUGGUAGUAAGGGUCUGAGAGGACCACCAGGCUGCCCAGGUUUCCCUGGUCGGAAAGGAGAAAGAGGAGAACCAGGUUUCCCAGGGCCUGCUGGGAUGAAAGGAACUCCCGGACGACCUGGUGCUACUGGGUUACCAGGAACAAGGGGACGCCCCGGUUUACCAGGACCAGGGACUAUAGAUGGAAUACCAGGAACGCCAGGAAGAAAGGGUGACAGAGGCGUCCAAGGAAUGAUGGGCUUCCCUGGAUUUGCAGGACCUCCUGGCAGUUCAGGAUUUCCCGGAGUGAAAGGACAGCCUGGCGUGCCUGGAGCAAAUGGACGCCCUGGGUCGCCUGGAUUCUUUGGAACUAAAGGUGACAAGGGUCAGCCAGGUGCACCUGGUCGUCCAGGACGACCUGGAGCUCCUGGUUUCCCUGAUGUGAGUAAAGGGCUGCCGGGAGAACCUGGCCUUUCUGGGGAAACAGGACUUCCAGGCUUCUCUGGACAAAAAGGAGAAUCUGGAAUUAUGGGAUUCCCCGGCACUGUGGGACCAAAAGUUUAUCUGGAAGGCCUGGAGAAGUUGGUCGGCCUGGUGCCAAAGGACUACCUGGAGAAACUUUUGGUUAUCCUGGAGCACCAGGACUUAAAGGCCGACAAGGAGAUUCAGGGAUCCCAGGUAAGACUCACCUUACUCGGUUACGGUUUUCCCGGACCACCUGGUUUGGAUGGCCUUAAUGGCCUAGCAGGACCUAAAGGCCUGUCUGGAAACCCAGGUGCAAUUCUGGGAGGUAGGCCCGGCCUUUCUGGUAGUCCAGGGUUGAAGGGAGAAAGAGGUGUUUCCCAACCCGGUGUUCCAGGGUAUCCCGGCCAAAAAGGACAAAGAGGAGAACCAGGUCCUUUUGGAUUGAAAGGGAGCCCGGGUAUCCCUGGACCUCCUGGACCCAGAUCAAUAGAAAGCUUUCCUGGACCUACAGGAGAUGCAGGUCUCCCUGGACUGGAUGGACAGUAUGGUGUCCAAGGUCCUCCAGGUCUUCCCGGCCCACCUGGUCCAGGCACAGCUCAGGGAGACAGAGGUGACCCAGGUCUGCCAGGCUUCCCAGGGAACCCUGGUACAAAGGGUGAACCAGGAUUACCUGGAGGUCCUGCAUUCCCUGGCAGACCUGGUUUAAAAGGACAAAAGGGUGAUGGUGGUUUUGCUGGAAUUCCUGGUGUCCAGGGUUUUAGAGGCGACUCUGGUUUUCCUGGAAGCCAAGGAACGGCAGGAAUUAGAGGGUUUCCAGGUCCAAAAGGUUUGCCUGGAGUCAUAUUUCCAGCUUCACUGCCAAAUGGGCCAUAUCCACAAGGUGAUCCAGGUUUCCCUGGUGAAAGAGGAAGCCCUGGUAACCCUGGAGAGCCUGGUCAGUCUGGUUUUCCUGGGCGUAAAGGUACUGUGGGGAACCCUGGUCCAUCGGGUAGACUGGGCAGGACUGGAGUUCCUGGUUUUCAAGGACCUCUUGGGGAUCCCGGACCUCCUGGUUUCCCUGGAUCCCCAGGAGCACAAGGGUUUCCUGGUACAAUUGGCCCUCGCGGCAUUCCCGGCAGCGUCGGCCGCAGCCACAGCAUCGGCUACACUCUGGUUAAGCACAGCCAGAGCCCCCAGGUUCCCAUGUGUCCUCAAGGCAUGGCCAAACUGUGGGAGGGCUACAGUCUGCUGUAUGUAGAGGGACAGGAGAAGGCACACAACCAAGACCUCGGUCAGCCGGGGUCGUGUCUCCCCAGGUUCAACACGAUCCCCUUCCUCUACUGCUCGCCCAGCGAGAUUUGCUACUACGCUAGCCGCAAUGAUAAAUCCUACUGGCUCUCCACGACCGCAUCCAUACCCAUGAUGCCCGUGGAAAAGGAGGAGAUAAGACCUUACAUCAGCAGGUGUUCAGUAUGUGAGGCUCCAUCUCAGGCAGUGGCGGUCCACAGUCAGGAUAUGACAAUCCCCAACUGUCCUAUCGGCUGGAGGAGUCUCUGGAUAGGAUACUCCUUCCUAAUGCACACAGCAGCUGGUGCAGAGGGCGGCGGUCAGUCCUUGGUGUCUCCCGGUUCCUGUCUGGAGGACUUCCGGGCAACUCCGUUCAUCGAGUGCAACGGCGCCAGGGGCACCUGCCACUACUUUGCCAAUAAAUACAGCUUCUGGCUGACAACCGUGGAUCCAGAAAAUGAGUUUACCUUCUCGCCAGCCAAGGAGACGCUGAAGGGAGGCCAGGAGCGCUCCAGAGUCAGCCGCUGCCAAGUGUGCAGCAAGAUCUUGUAGUAGGCAAAGGUGAAAGAUGGAGGAGUGAGGCGGGGAAACAUCAGGAGGGGAUUCACUAACAUUUCAAGAAUUUAUGAUGGAGGAUCAGAUGGAUUUAAAAAAGAACACGUGACUGACUGAAUGGACCUUUCUCCUGUGCUGUGAUGGUUUCAGAAUCGAGUCGAGCAACAUCGACCCCAUUUUGAGAGUUUUUUAAUCCCCUGUAGGAAUGAAUGGCUUUUAAAAAAAGAAGAAGAAGCUGGAGGUAGGAGGAGGAAAGAGAAGAGUCCCAGUGUGAGCGAUCUUCUCGAGAUUAUCACUGAUAAUGGUGCUAUUCUUUAUGUAUGUGUUUAUUAUGUGUCAGCUUUCUUGUGACAGAUGUCAGCGAGAAUCAUUCUCGGCUACCUCGGAGAGUGCCCUCACCCCCAUUUAGCAAACAAGUGCCCCUCACACACGUUAAGCACCCAAUUUAAAGGUUAUCAGCUCAGGAAGUUGGUCGUUAUUGGUUCUUGUCGCUCCCAUAGAUACUGACAGCAGGCAGAAAGUCUCUACACCAACUCUGACGUCUGACUGUCAUAUCUAUGGGACAGACAAGCCUACAAAUGCUUUUCAAUGGGCUGAUCACGUUUGAAGUGGGUACAUAAGAGCUUAAUGUGAGAUGAGAGUAAAAUUACAGAUUGCUGGUUGAUUUUAAGGUUUUAAAGCGAGUUUGCAUUAUCUUAUUGGGCUGAUCUGAGCAAAGCAGAUAUAAAGCUUCACUGAAAUUCAAUCUUUGGGAAGAUUAAACCUGUUUUCUUCACAAACUUUUUAUUCUACGGCAGUUUAGCACCACGAAGGUGCCCACUGUAAACACACUGAGGAUUUUUUCAUGUGUUGCAUCAAUACCUGCAGUAUAUUUGAUGUCGGCCACUUCAUUAUUGGUUUGAAAAUCAACUUGCCAAGACAUGUGACUUGCUUGAGGUAAAAAUGGCGUUGAAGCUAUCCUUUGUUUUUAAGGUUUUGUGAUAUUUGGAUUAUUUUUUGGUGCCUUACAAUCGGACGUGUGAAUUAAAGGAGUUUUAGCUUCAUGUAAAGAUUAAAACAAAUCUGUGGAAAACUAUAACUCAUUAGCAAAUUAUUUUUUGCAUAAACAAAAAAAGACUAGAAGUAUUUUGUUUAUUGG